AUGGGAUUCGGCUUAGAGAGCAUCAAACCACUCUCCGGCGGCUGGGGCGCGGCGGCGCGUUCCUGUGACGCUUGUAAAUCAGCUUCCGCCGCCGUGUACUGCCGAUUCGACUCAGCCUUCUUAUGCAUCACUUGCGACACAAGCAUCCACUCCUUCACGCGUCACGAGCGCGUGUACCUCUGUGAAGUCUGCGAACAAGCUCCCGCCGCCGUCACCUGCAAAGCCGACGCCGCCUCACUCUGCGUCACCUGCGACUCCGACAUCCACUCGGCUAAUCCUCUCGCUAGCCGCCAUGAACGAGUCCCCGUCGAGUCUUUCUUCGACUCAGCCGUCGCGAAAAUCUCACCUUCCACGUUUGGAGUCCUCGGCGAUUCCACCACCGUCGACUUAACCGCCGUUCCGGUGAUCGGAAACGCCGACGAGCUCGGUUUGUGCCCGUGGCUGCUCCCUAACGACUUCAACGAACCGGCAAAAAUCGAAACUGUAACUGAACUGAAGUCUUCUGAGUUUAUGUUCUCUGACUUCGAUCGACUCAUUGACUUCGAGUACCCAAACACGUUCGGAGCAGACAGCCUCGUACCGGUUCAGACAAAAACAGAGCCUCUUCCUGUAACUAACAACGACCACUGCUUCGACAUAGACUUCUGCAGAUCAAAGCUCUCGACUUUCACCUACCCAACUCAAUCAAUCAGCCAUAGUGUCUCGACUUCGUCUCUCGAAUACGGCGUCGUUCCCGACGGGACCACCUCCGUCCCGUUUAACCGGAGCACGAUCACUACCUCGACGGGGACUACCGGCGAGCAACCGAGCUCCAUGGACAGGGAGGCUCGGGUUCUGAGGUACAGAGAGAAGCGGAAGAACAGGAAGUUCGAGAAGACGAUACGUUACGCUUCGAGGAAAGCUUACGCUGAGUCACGGCCAAGGAUCAAAGGCCGUUUCGCGAAACGAACGGAGACUGAGAACGACGACGUUUUCUUUAGUCAGGUUUACGCUUCAGCUGGGCAAUACGGUGUCGUACCGACGUUCUGA